UUUGUGACGUCAUUGGGAAAGAUGGCCGUUCCCGUUGAGGCCAUGCUGCAUGUGUAGAUUAAUCCGGUUUAGAUUUUAGACUUGUGCAGAAUAAUCUGGAUAAAAGCAGCUGUCAGACACCGCAGCGGAGUGUUGACACAGUCGUGGCGGAGAGAUGAAGACCUUCUGCGGACGAGCCAACCCGGCCACCGGGGCUGUGGACUGGGUGGAGGAGGGUGAAGAGUACGACUAUCACCAGGAGAUAGCCAGGUCCUGUUAUGCAGAUAUGCUGCAUGAUCAUGACAGGAAUGAGAAAUACUACCAGGGCAUCCGGGCUGCUGUGGCCAGAGUGAAGGCUCGCGGUGAGAAGGUCAUCGUCCUGGACAUUGGGACGGGGACAGGCCUGCUGUCCAUGAUGGCCGUCACUGCUGGAGCUGACUUCUGCUACGCUGUGGAGGUCUUCAAGCCCAUGGCCACCGCCGCCCAGUGCAUCGUGGAGAAGAACGGCUUCUCUGACAAGAUCAAGAUUAUUAACAAACACUCCACUGAUGUCACUGUAGGGCCAGAUGGAGAUAUGCAAAUGAAGGCCAACGUCCUGAUCACAGAACUGUUUGAUACAGAGCUGAUAGGUGAAGGAGCCCUGCCCAGCUAUGAGCAUGCUCACCAGAAUCUGGUCCAGGAGGGCUGUGAGGCGGUCCCUCACCGGGCCACUGUCUACGCCCAGCUGGUGGAGUCGGAGCUUCUGUGGAGCUGGGCUCAGCUGCAGGAGGUGGAGGUGGAGGGGGCACGGUUGGUGCCACCGCCCGCUGUGGGCCGCUGCAGCGGAGCUCAUGCAGUGUGUGACAUCCAGCUGAGCCAGGUCUCUCCUCACAGCUUCACUCCCCUGGGUCCUCUCUGCACCAUGUUCAGUGUGGACUUCAGUAAGCCAGUAAGCAGCGCCCCCCAGUCCCACUCCUCCCAGUUUGUGGCUCAGGACGGGGGUCGGGCACAGGUGGUCCUGUCGUGGUGGGACAUCGACAUGGAUCCCAGUGGAACCAUUGUGUGCUCCAUGGCUCCCGGCUGGUCAUACCCACAACCAAAGACGGCUCCGUGGCGGGACCACUGGAUGCAGAGUGUGUACUUCCUGCCGGCGGAGAGGAAGGUGACAGAAGGAGAGGAGCUCAGUCUGACUGUCUGCCACGAUGACUACAGUCUGUGGUACAGCCUGCAAACUCACAGCCAGCAGCCCUCACAGAGCGAGGCUCGUCCCUCUCGGCCGUGUUGUACCUGCCAGGCCCACAUGGUUUGGACCCGGCCACGAUUUGGUGAACUCAACGACAAACUUCGCACAGAAAGUUACGUCAGCGCACUGCGCAGUGUUCUGAGAGAGGACAGUGUGUGUCUUGGCGUCAGUGAUGGAAGUCUGCUUCCUGUGUUUGCUCACAUGCUCGGAGCCAAGAAGGUCUUCAGUUUGGAAAACUCCAGAAUGUCCAAACAGGUUAUCGAGCAGGUGUUGGAAGCCAACUCAAUGAAAGGAGGUGUUGAGCUGCUGGAAAUCAGACCUGAGCAGCUGACCAGUAAUGAUCUUGGAGGAGAACAGAUCUCAGUCCUGAUUGGUGAACCGUACUUCAGCACCAGCCUCUUGCCGUGGCACUCCCUGUUCUUCUGGUACUGUCGCACCGCCCUGGCAGGCCUUCUGCGGCCCAACGCCACCAUCCUACCCUGCUCCGCCACCCUUCACAUGGUAGCUGUGGAGUUCCAGGAUCUGUGGAGGAUAAGAGCACCGUGUGGAACAUGUGAGGGCUUUGACAUCACCCCCAUGGAUGAGAUGGUUCAGCAAUCUCUGGAUUUCCAUGAGUCCCGUGAGGCGGAGCCCCACCCUCUGUGGGAGUACCCGUGUCGCGCCCUGACCCAGUCCAAAGCCGUCAUGACCUUUGACUUCACACAGUGUGUCCCUCAACAGCCAAUCAUCAGUCAAGGCUCACUACCUUUCAUAAGGAGUGGUCGUUGCCAUGGUGUCGCGUUGUGGAUGGAAUACCACCUAACCGACGACAUCGCUGUCAGUGGGGGUCUAAUUGGACCAAUCAGUGAGCAGGGUGACUGUGAGUGGAGUCGACACAGGAAACAGGGAGUGUAUUUCUUCAGGUCGGCGUGGGACAGCUCAGGUGACAGCAGAGCCACAGUGUCUUACAACUUCACCUUUGAACCCAGUUUAGGAGACAUCAAGAUGGACUUCAGUACGGAGUCUCAGUGAUGCAGAGCUCUCGCUGACUGAAGGACGGACUCUUAACUGUGCUUUUUCACUCUCGUCACUGUUUGCGCUUGACCAUUUCGGGUGAAUAUUUUAACACGUGUGGUUCAGCCACUAUCGUUAUUGUUUUGACCGAUGCUGACAGUUGCCUUUAUGAUAGCACUUGAUAUCUGAAAAAUUGUAAUAGGACCAUUGUCAUCCCCAAAACUGAGCAGAGUCCAGUGUUUUAUGCUGUGGAGCAUGAAUACAAUGAGAUAUAUUGUUUUCAUGAUGCACCUUCAUCCAACACACCAGUCACACGUUCAGGUGUGCAGAUUUUUUUUCAUGCUGUGAAACAUGAAAUCUACCUACCAAAUAUUAGAAGUUUACCAAUAAUAUUAAUUAUAAUAGUUCAUGUUAAGGGCCUGACAUAUGCAAAUAGUAUAUGAUUAAAUAAACAAUCAUUGGCUGAUGGUAUUCAGUCUGUCAGUGGCCCAUUAGGUUCAUUACAUGUGUGCCAAAAACCAGAAGUGUUUUAUCGUGUACCUGAGAUGACUGACGGAUGUAAUGAAUGAACAGGACACUAGUCCAGCAUAGUCUUAUGUGUUGUUAUAGAAAUGUUUUAUAAAGUUUCAUAUUGUU